UCAUGGGCACCUGGGCUUUCCCUGCAGCCCUCUUCCUACUCUGCCUGACUUCUGAAAGCCUACAAGGCGGGCUGCCUUCAUUGUCUCCUGGCCUAGGGAAAGGUUAUGGCCCCCCCAGCGGCCUGGGAGCAGGAUUUGGAAAGAGAAAUGGCCUGGGAGUCCAGCCAGGCAUUGGAGGGGGUGUAAAACCCCACAAGCCAGGAUUUGGGAAUGGGAAUGGGCCAGGAGCAGGGGCCUUCCCAGGUGUCUCAGCCCAGACAGGCUUUGGAGGGGGCGUGAAACCCCAGAAGCCAGGAUAUGGAAAUGGGCUGGGAGCUGGCGCCUUCCCAGGGCUGGGAGCCCAGCCAGGCCUGGGAGUGGGAAUGAGACCCCAGAAGCCAGGCCCUGCACAUCAGAAUGGUGGCCAGGGACCAGGAAUUGGAGGGGGUGUGAAACCCCAGAAGCCAGGAUUUGUCCGUGGGAAUGGGAUGGGAGCCAGGGCUUUCCCAGGAGGCGAAGCGCAGCCAGGCUUGGGAGGGGACAUGAAACUGCAGAAACCAGGUCCCGCAGCACCGAAUGGCUUUGGACCAGGCUACGGCGGGGAUGGAAAACCCCAGAAGCCAGGAUUUGGGAAUGGGGCCUUCGUGGGAGCAGGCGCACAGCCAGGUCUCGGAGGACUAAAACCUCAGAAGCCAGGCCCUGCAGCUCAAAAUGGCUAUGGACCAGGCUUUGGAGCGCAUGUGAAACCCCAGAAGCCAGGCCCAGCAACCCCGAAUGGAUAUGGAGCAGGCUUUGGGGCAGGCAUGAAGCCCCAGAAGCCAGGACGUGGUAAUGGAAAUGGCCUGGGAACCCGGCUAGGCUUUGGAGCAGGUGUGAAACCCCAGAAGCCAGGUGAGCCUCAUCCCUGCCUGUCUCUCUCCACCUCUCCGAAACCCAGAGCUCCCCACACCCCACUCACACCCUACCGCUACCUGUUCCUGCAGGAUUUUGGACCAGAAAUGGGCAGGGAGCCCAGCCAGACCUUGCAGUUCCCAUUGGCCGAGGACCAGGUAGUAGAGUGGGCAGGCAUUGGUGAGGGCAUGAAACCUCAGAAGCCAGGACUAGGAGGGGGCGUGAGCCCUCCAAAGCCAGGAUACACACCAGGGAGUGGGCUCGUACCAGGUUUGGGAGGGGACGUGAGACCUCAGAAGCCAGGAUAUGGCAAUGGAAAUGGGCUGGGGGCCCAGCCAGGUCCCUGCAGUGGGAAGGUCCCACCACUGCUUCUCCCCGGGCUUCCCACUCCGGGAGGCCCUUCUGAGAAAGCAGGUGGCUGGGGCCUGAAAUCCCAGCCCCCUCCUCCAGUGCAGAAUGGCAAGUUCCCAGGGCACCAUCCUUUGAAUGGCUACCGACCAGGAGCAGCACUGGGCUUUGGUGAUGGCCUCAAACCUCAGAAAGUUGGUUUUAGUUACAGGAACUCUGGUCUGGGAGCUGGGGUUUUCCCUGAGGUCCUCCUGCAGCCAGGGUUCCCUGGGGCCAAUGGUUUUAGGAACGGGUAUAGCGAGGAAGCCCUGGUGUACCCCAAUGCUGCAGCUCCAGCCUCUGAAGGAAAUGGGCCCUAUGAGCAGCUGAGGCCAGAGCUGGGCCCCAGGCCUUUUGGCCUUUGUCCUCUCGGGAAAUGCUGAGCACCCGAGCUGAUCCACCGCCCAUCCUGAGCACCUCUGUGCCAGAGCCUCGUCUGCUUGGCAAGCACAGCCAGACGACUCCUGGGAUUGGUCUCUGGCCUGGGGUCUCGGGGGGCUGAAAGUAUUA